CGUGAAACCAUUAAGACCAUAAGACAUUUUAAUUUUUAACACGAAUUGAUAAAUACAAAAUCUAAUUCAUUUAAAUCACUGUCCAGAUUUCAGAAUAAAGUGAAAUAACCAGCCCAACAUUGUGGUAUUACGAAACAAGUAAAUGUUUGUUAUAUUUCGGAUCCCUUUGUAAUCAUUUCGAUACCUUAUGGCUUAAUUUCAAUUAAAUUCGUUUUGAAAGGUUUCAGGGUAUAAAAAGUGAGACCCUUAAAGUCUUCUAGAAAAAUACUGAAAACAGGAUUAACUUGAGCACCACUAUGAGUAUCAGCAAGGGACCAAUAGAUGGAAACUUCAAGGGUUCAUUCGUGGACUUCCCUGUAGCCAAGAGAGAGUCAAUCGUCUUGAAGAUCCGAAUAGCCAAAAGUAACGCCACUGGGACUAAAGAAUUUGUCUCGUCUGUUCUCUUGAUCAUCAUGCAGACCCUCUUCUUCACGUUGAUUGUAGGCCUCUCUCUAGCGCUGCCUAUCUCCAAGGUUGUAAUGGGCGCCAUUCACUUUCAAGAUUGUCCGAGAGAGCCCUUAAUAGCGAUGUACCUCAUCGUCAGCGGGUCAGUGGCUACUGGCUUUGACUUGAUCAUCAUUUUGAUAAGACUGAACGUGACCUCCAAAGAAACGUACCACCGGAACUAUCACGUUUUAAAUUUGUUCUUUUGUCUGUCCACGUUGAUCAACUUUGGCCUUCUGGUAUUCGGAUGUGUGGUUGUCUUCCCACCGCUGGCACACUUCAGCUACGACUCCACCCAACUCAAUUACUGCAACCCUUUCCUCUACUGGUUCGCUUUCUGGAUUCUGAUUCUGCAUCUUCUACUUUACGCUGUGGGCCUCGUCUCCUGUGUCUGCCUCACGUGCAUGGUGGCUGUUUCCCCGACGGAUCCGACCACGACGAUUGAGAUCACCAAACGAGAGCCCCGGGAGGCUCCUGACGCCAAUAGGAGGCUAGAGAGCAUCGUUGAGGUUCCGGAGAACCGCACGUCUAUUAAAGAGGAUACUAAAGCUUAAUACGUUGAUUCGAGAAUACACAAUGUGAAAUAAGACGUUGUAUCCAUCGCUUUUAUAUUUUUUUUAUCUUUUUUACAAGUCUGUAUAAAGUCUGUCUUUCUGUCCCAUUCUUGGAUCAAGUUGAAACUUCCCUAAAUUAUUUAUUGUACCUAAAAAAAACAACACAUGAAUUAAAAGGUAAAUAAAAAUUAAUCAAUUAUUCAAUUAA